AUGGCCGCUAAUUUCGACACGCAGGCUUCGACCAACUACAAGGAGGCUUUCUCACUAUUCGACAAGCGAGGUAACGGCCGCGUCGCCCUCGAAAGUCUCGGCGAUCUUCUACGUGCCUGCGGCCAGAACCCCACCCUAGCCGAGAUCAGAGAUUUGGAGCGCAACGUCGGCGGUGACUUCGACUUCGAGACCUUCUCCAAAAUCCUGAACCGACCGGGCGGUUUCCGCGACCCGGGUGAGCCCGACGAGUACUGCCGCGGCUUCCAAGUCUUCGAUAAGGACAUGACGGGCUUUAUUGGGGUCGGUCAGCUCAAGUACAUCUUGACGAACCUGGGCGAGAAGAUGACGGACGACGAGGUGGACGAGCUCCUCAAGGCUGUCGACACCAGCUCGGGACAAGUUAACUACACAGAACUCGUGCGAACGAUCUUAGCCAACUGAAGAAAACAUUCCCACACCCCUACGACGAUCGUGAGCAACAGCCGGAGUUUGGGAAGGCGU